AUGCCUCCUCAGUGCCUGAUACCAGACAGGGCUCUUUCGAUUCUCGCUGAAACUCAGUCUUCUGUUCCGACUCAAGAAAUCGAGGACGACCAUGAGGCAGAAGUCGAAUCACUUGUCUCUGGCAUUGACCUUGACGACCGCAUGGAGCAAUCUGCAUCUACUGGGACGCACUACUUACGCGAAGCUAGCUCAGUAUUCAAGAAGCAAAAGCUUGAUCAAACUGUGAUGUCAGACAAUCUCAAGAAGGCGUCAGCAAACGUCGUGGUGGAUAACACACUAAAUGAAUAUCGGCGCCUAUGGGACCAGUUCAAGUCCUUUUGUGCCGAGUUAGGCUUCGUUGACGAUGCUCAGGUGAUGGACAAGUACGCGCAGGAUAUUCCGGAGGGGCUGCCGUCGUGGAUAGCAGUUUGGAUUAUGAACAAGGCGGAUGACCUGGACAUCCAUACCGGCAAGCCGAAGGAUCCCAGCGUUCCCCGUGUUAAGUAUGCGACAGCUCAGAAGAUGCGCGCAGCGAUCAGCCACAAGUUCGGGCGCGACUUCGGGUUCGGUGAACAACCUUGGUCUCAAAAUGCCGCGACUGGGACAUUUUCGGGGAAUCCCUCCCUGUCUGUGGUGGUCUCGCAGUACAUGAUAAGUUUGCAGCGCCGCAAGGUGCGCGCUGGCGAGGAGCUCUGGGAGUUCAAUAUCAAGUAUUCGACUGAUCGCAGGCGCACAACAUCGCGCAAGCGGAAGGCUGAGCAUCCAGAGGACUGGGCGGGUUACCGGGUUCGCCAAAUGUUACAACUCCUCUACAUUGUGUCAAUGCUGUGUUUGCUCCGCUUCGACGAAGCAUUGCGAAUCAUGUGGACAGAUAUCACUAUGUUUGUCAACGAUGACGGCAUUCAUUGUGUGCGGCUUGACCUCCCGUUUCGGAAGACGGCUCAAUAUGGAGGUAUUGCACCAUUCCCCCUCUACCCUAAUCAAGAACAGCCGUGGUUGUGUCCGGUUCGAGCGUUUGCAAAAUGGUGGCAACUGUGCGGGGAGAUGAACAUCGAACGUACGGGAUAUAUCUUCCGCAAGCGCGUUGGACGUGACGGUUCAAACGACAACUUCGUCCAGUGCUUCCGGAAUAACCUCGUUGACAUUCUGAUCGAUCCUCGGCCUUAUGGGACCCACUCGUUUCGUCGCGGCGGGUGGUGCCAGUAUCUUGCAAUGGUCAAGCGUUGGCCAAUUCGUGACAUCUGCACAUGGGGCGGCUGGGCAGAGAACUUCGACAACCCUAGUACUAUCUUCAAGUAUCUCAUGUCAUGGGUGGAUACUCCUCUCCUCGAGAGGAAGGACUAUUUCAACCCCAAGAGGGCCACAGCUGACACUUGUCAUCAGUGUGGUCGCACCUGCACAUGCGCGUGA